AUUGUCUCUUCCAGGGAGCAGAAAGUCAGAGGAGGUACAGACCUCUUGCAUUUCCUCCUUUGUUCCCAAGGGAUGCAACAAAGCAGAGGAUGAAACCUGUUUGAGCACAUCACUGCCUGUCUGUCUGUUGGAGCUGAAUCCUGCCACUGCUCUCUGGAGUACUAAACAAUGAGCAUCAUCUGAAUGCACAGUUGCCAAAAAUAGCUCUGCUGGAGGAAGCGCACAUGACUAGGAAGCUUGAGACCACUGCUCCCUUCUUCUGCCAUCUGCCACCACUGAGAACAGUCCAGCUCCAUCCUCUUUGGAUCCCCUCUUCAGGUUACGGACCUGGGAUAAGAGCAGCUGUGUUGACCAAAGUGCAUCCUGGCUCCAGGAGUAACUUCUUCACUACAAAGUGCAUCUCUGCCUUGUGGGAAAGUAUCUGAUUUCAAAAUGUCCAAGAGGUUGAAAUGUCCUCCUGACUCUCUUAAAGCUGCUGGCUGCACCAGGUACUUAAGGGGAUCAUAGAAAAAGAGCACCGUGUUUCUCUCUGAGCUCCAUGGCUUCACUGUGUUCCUUCAUGAUGUUUCUGCAAUGGGAUCCAGUAUACAGUGGACUAUCAAGAUCCCAGCAUGGCCAGCUGGGAUGAACAACAGGUAGUCAAAGACAUUUUUCUUUUUAUCAGCCUUGAUGAUUUGAAGGACCUUUUUUUAUUCCAUAGCCAUGAAAUACUGAUCUAAAUUAUGCCAACUUCAGCUUCAACCAUGACUUCCAGUGCAGGGAACAAAUCUACAUUGGUGUGAGACAAAGCAUGGAGGAGCUCACAGCUAUUUCCAAGCUGCCCAUCUCUUUGAUACUCUCCAAAAUAGACCAUGGGCAGCAGUAGCAGUGUAAUCCAGGUUCAACAGAUCUGUGGUCCCCAGAAGAGACCCUGAGGAGGCCUUCACAGCAAAUCGUUAAGCAAGCCACAUCAAUCUCUCUAGAGACUGGAGUGUGUCUAAAGAGUGCCGCCAUGAUGUGUGAGGUGAUGCCUACCAUCAAUGAGGGUGACCCCCUGGGGUCCCAGCCAGGGUCUGACUCCGAUGCCAACUUUGAGCAGUUAAUGGUGAACAUGCUGGAUGAGAGAGACAAGCUGCUGGAGACACUAAGAGAAACCCGAGAGACCCUGUCCAUGACCCAGGGCCGGUUACAGGAGACUGUGCACGAGCGAGACCAGCUACAGAGGCAGAUAAAUUCUGCCCUUCCACAGGAGUUUGCAACACUGACAAGAGAACUCAAUGCGUGUCGAGAGCAGCUGCUGGAGAGGGAAGAGGAGAUUUCCGAGCUGAAAGCCGAGCGCAAUAACACGAGGCUCUUGCUGGAGCAUCUGGAGUGCUUGGUCUCUAGGCAUGAGCGGUCUCUGAGAAUGACUGUGGUGAAGCGCCAGGCCCAGUCCCCCUCUGGCGUCUCCAGUGAAGUCGAAGUUCUCAAGGCGCUGAAGUCGCUGUUUGAGCAUCACAAAGCGCUGGAUGAAAAGGUGAGAGAGCGCUUGCGAGCAGCAUUAGAACGAGUGACAACCUUAGAAGAACAGCUGGCGGAUGCCCAUCAGCAGGUAACUGCUCUGCAGCAUGGCCCCGCACAGAGGGAAGCCCCACUAGGAGAAGAUGAGAAGAAGGCAGAGGGCAAAGAACCAGGGCAGAAGAUUCCAUGGAAGAGGCUGUCAAAUGGCUCUGUGCACCCCGAUGAUGAGGCGAGUCGCAUAGUAGAGCUGCAAGAACUCCUGGAGAAGCAGAAUUAUGAGCUUGCACAGGCUAAAGAGCGAAUAGCAGCUCUGGCUGCCAAUGUUGCUGAGUUGGAAGAGGAUCUAGGCACAGCCAGGAAGGACUUAAUCAAAUCAGAGGAGAUGAGCAGCAAGUACCAGAGGGACCUUCGAGAGGCCCUGGCUCAGAAGGAUGAUAUGGAGGAGAGGAUCACCACUCUGGAGAAGCGCUACUUGGCAGCUCAGAGAGAAGCCACCUCCAUUCAUGACCUCAAUGACAAGCUGGAGAGUGAACUGGCCAACAAGGAGUCCCUCCAUCGCCAGUGUGAAGAGAAGGCUCGGCAUCUGCAGGAGCUGCUGGAGUUGGCAGAGCAGAAACUGCAGCAGACGAUGAGGAAGGCAGAAACACUGCCAGAGGUGGAGGCAGAGCUCGCCCAGAGAAUAGCAGCCCUCACAAAGGCAAAGGAGAGGCACGGGAGUAUUGAGGAGCAUCUACGGCAGCUGGAGAGUCAACUAGAGGAGAAGAACCAGGAGCUGGCAAGAGCCCGUCAGCGGGAGAAGAUGAACGAGGAGCAUAACAAGCGGCUGUCUGACACUGUGGACAGAUUGCUGAGUGAGUCCAACGAGCGCCUGCAGCUUCACUUAAAGGAGCGGAUGGCAGCUUUGGAGGAAAAGAACACCCUAUUACAAGAGCUGGAAAGUACACAAAAGCAGAUUGAGGAACAGCAGCAUGACAAGAGGAGGUUGUCCGAUGAAAUCGACAAGCUGAGAUUAGAGGUUGACCAGCUAAAGACAAGAAGUGGAACCUUUGUGGACAGCGUACACACAAGAUCACACAUGGGAAGUGCCACAGACCUGAGAUAUCCACUGAGCACUGUGGUUCAUGCCCCUGCUGAGCCCUUUGGUACGGCCACUGGACUGCACCGGGCACAGAAGGGCCGAUUUUCAGCUCUGCGGGAUGAACCCCCCAAGGACUGGGAGCAGGCUCAGCCAAGCGGCGUCCUGGCCACCGUGUCUCACACUUUCGACAGUGACCCGGAAAUCUCCGACGUGGAUGAGGAUGACCGAGAGACGUUAUUCAGUUCCAUGGAUGUGCUGUCCCCCAGUGGGCACUCUGAUGCCCAGACCCUGGCUAUGAUGCUACAGGAGCAGCUGGAUGCCAUCAAUGAGGAGAUCAGGAUGAUUCAGGAGGAGAAGGAAUCUACGGAGCUGCGUGCCGAGGAGCUGGAGACCCGCGUUACCAGUGGCAGCAUGGAAGGCCUGAAUCUGACACAGCUGCGUAAAAGGGCCUCUAUCCCCACCUCUCUGACUGCUCUGUCCCUGGCCAGCUCCUCCCCACCUGUCAGUGGGCGCUCUACCCCAAAGCUCUCCUCUCGCAGCGCUGCUCAGGACCUCGACCGCAUGGGGAUAAUGACACUGCCCAGUGACUUGAGGAAACACCGAAGGAAACUGCUUUCGCCAGCAGCUCGGGAUGAGAACCGAGAAGAUAAAACCACCAUAAAAUGUGAGACUUCCCCUCCUUCCUCUCCCAGGACGCUGCGGCUGGAGAAGCUGGGUCAUCCUGCACUCAGUCAGGAAGAUGGAAAAAGCUCUCUGGAGGACCAGACAAGCAACCCAAGCAGCAGUAACAGCAGCCAGGACUCUCUGCACAAAGGUUCUAAGAGAAAAGGGAUCAAAUCUUCCAUUGGGCGCUUGUUUGGGAAGAAGGAAAAAGGACGUCUCAUUCAGCUGAGCAGAGAAGGAGCCACUGGACAUGUUCUGAUGACUGAUUCUGAGAUUGGCCUACAAGACACCCUGGGGCUUGGUAAGCUGGGAGCUCAAGCAGAGAAGGACCGACGGAUGAGGAAGAAGCAUGAACUCUUAGAAGAGGCUCGAAGAAAAGGUUUGCCUUUUGCUCACUGGGAUGGCCCAACUGUUGUCUCAUGGCUAGAGCUGUGGGUGGGGAUGCCAGCCUGGUAUGUUGCAGCCUGCAGAGCCAACGUGAAGAGUGGUGCCAUCAUGUCUGCCUUGUCCGAUACCGAAAUCCAGAGAGAAAUUGGCAUCAGCAAUGCCCUACACCGGCUGAAAUUGCGUUUGGCCAUUCAAGAAAUGGUGUCCCUAACGAGCCCUUCAGCUCCACCCACCUCGAGGACGUCCUCUGGAAACGUCUGGGUCACACACGAAGAGAUGGAGAACAUGGCAACUUCCACAAAAACGGACACUGAGGAGGGCAGUUGGGCACAGACACUAGCCUAUGGGGACAUGAACCAUGAAUGGAUUGGGAAUGAAUGGCUGCCAAGUCUGGGUCUCCCUCAGUAUCGCAGCUACUUCAUGGAGUGUCUCGUUGAUGCUCGAAUGCUGGACCAUCUGACCAAGAAAGAUCUCAGAGUGCACCUAAAGAUGGUUGACAGCUUCCAUCGUACUAGCCUGCAGUAUGGCAUCAUGUGCCUGAAGAGGUUAAACUACGACCGCAAGGACCUUGAACGGAGGCGAGAGGAUAGCCAACAUGAAAUCAAAGAUGUAUUGGUCUGGACCAAUGACCAGGUCAUUCAUUGGAUUCAGUCCAUCGGGCUUAGGGAGUAUGCUAAUAACCUCAUCGAGAGUGGAGUACAUGGAGCACUCCUAGCUUUGGAUGAAAAUUUUGACCAUAAUAGUCUGGCACUUGUAUUACAAAUACCCACUCAGAACACCCAGGCUCGACAGGUGUUGGAGAGAGAAUUCAACAAUCUGCUUGCCUUGGGCACCGAUAGAAGGCUAGAUGAUGGUGACGACAAGGACUUCCGGCGAACUCCAUCCUGGAGAAAGCGGUUCCGCCCUCGCGACAUUCACAGCAUCAACAUGCUCAGUGGGUCGGCUGAGACAUUGCCUGCUGGAUUCCGAGUAACCAGCUUGGUGCCACUGCCACCUCCUCCUGUCCCACCGAAGAAAAUGCCGCCGGAAGUUGGUUCAUCUGGGUCGCAAAGAUUGGAGACCUCCACAGUUCGAACAUACUCCUGCUGAGGGUCAGUCUCUAGUGGGAAUCAGCCCAGACCUUGGCACAUUCCCACUACCUGUAUGGCCACAUGCUGGCUGCCUUCCAGGACUAGCCCAGGGUACAGGCCGUGCCUGUUCCUCAGCUCCAAAGAACAGACACUACAGUCCAACCACUUAAGGCCACAUGGACCGGAAAGGACGUUCUCUCCCUUCUGCUUGUACACAGCCCCCCAAUCUCCUGUUUGAUCCUCAUAGGUACCAGUAAUGUCUGUGGCUUUUCUGUCAUCCUUUUUCCUCACCUGGGUUGUAGCAUAUACUUUUCUGAGAGAGGACAUGGGUUUCUCUCUGCUGCAGGUGUGUUCAGUAGACAGCACUGUGUUUCUGUCCGAGGUUUGGGAUGGCCUGACCAAACAUGAGAGAUGGAGGCACCUUGAAUCUGGUCUGCAAUAUUUGUAAACCUCUUUUCUGUGUAUAUUUCAUUUUGCCAAUAUUUCUGAGGGCAGCUGAGCCUGCUUGUUCUUGCCACGGGCACCUAGGAGCCAAGAGAAGACUUCUGCCAAGAGAAUGAGAGAUCAGGAAUUCAGAACAUCGCACUUCUGAAUUCUUUCUCCUCUACAAUACACAAGCCAGCGUGCUGUGCCCUCAGGCAAGGACCUUCUGCUGAGACAGGCUGCAGUGCCACAGGGGGAAAAGGGGCUUCUAAACCAGGCUGCUGUGUUACCCUUAGGAGUGGGAAGCGUCUGUGUCAAUCCAAGGCUGGAGACUGCUCAUUGGCAAUGGGUUUGUAGUGGGGUUUAUGCCAUAGAGAACAAAAGACUAUGAUAAGGAUGGAAGCUGGGAAGCAUCGCUGCUGAUGCAGGGCAGAGGGCUGCUCCUUCUAAAGUGGCACAUUAGGCCAGUCCACACAGCAUUUCCAGGUACCAUUUGUACACAAUCGUGUGCAUGUAAGAGCCAAACUGAUGCUGAAAGCACCCUGAGAAUUUCAGGCACCCAAGCAGAGCUGCACUGGGCUGUGUGGGGAAAGGCUGGCACCAUCCCCCACAUCUCCCUGUCCCACCCACGAAUGGACCAACAGAACUGCAUGUGACACAUUUUAGAAGUACCAUAGAUGAUGCUCCCACCUCUCAUGGGUGCAUAGGGAGUUCCUGCACCUCCACCCUCUCAAUGCGUAGGAACUGCCCAUGCCUCCCUCCUUGAGAUUCCAGAUAGCAAUCAAUUUAGGAGGCUCUUGACUCUCUCCAUUUCUUCCUUGUAGGGUAGGAUCUAUUUGUCUCCUCAUGCCACUUUUGCCUUGUGUGGCCCCUGUUUCUGAUGUGGUAUUUAUUGAUGGCUGGAAUGACCCAUACUUAUAAUGUGCUGUUUGGAAGUGCAAUAUCAGAGAGACUGUACAGUUGCAAUGUCUUUUUGGUGUAUUAUUGCCUAAUACAGUAUUAAAUAUUUUUUUAAUUUGAAGAGUAAGUGACCCCUUUAUAUCAAUGCCCUAUUUCUUUUGUCAUAUUGGUACUGCAUGGAUUCCAAACCCUGGAACUGGGUCAGGAAAGGAUAUAUGUGUGUUCCAAUAAACAGGAUUUUAAAGCA